AAGCAUAAACCUUACAUGGCUGGAUGUCACCAGAGCAACGCUAGACUCUCCAAGGAGGUAGAAGAUGAUUACAUCAAGAGCUGGGAAGACAAUCAGCAAGGAGAUGAAGCUCUGGAUACCACCAAGGACCCCUGCCAGAAGGUGAAGUGCAGUCGCCACAAGGUGUGUGUUGCUCAAGGCUACCAGCGCGCCAUGUGCAUCAGCCGCAAGAAGUUGGAGCACAGGAUCAAGCAGCCUUCUCUGAAACUCCACGGAGGCAAAGACUCCGUCUGCAAGCCCUGUCAUAUGGCCCAGCUCGCUUCAGUCUGUGGCUCCGACGGCCAUACCUACAGCUCUGUGUGUAAGCUGGAGCAGCAGGCAUGCCUAAGCAGCAAGCAGCUGGCGGUGAGAUGUGAGGGCCCCUGUCCCUGUCCCACGGAGCAGUCUACUGCGUCUACCACCGACAGCAAGUCAGAGACCUGCACAGGGCAGGACCUGGCCGACCUGGGGGAUAGGCUCCGUGACUGGUUCCAGCUCCUUCGUGAGAACUCCAAGCAGAACGGCUCAGCCAACAGUGCAACUAACCCCGCAGGGUUGGACAAGAGCCUGGGGGCCAGUUGCAAGGACUCCAUCGGUUGGAUGUUCUCUAAGCUGGACACUAGUGGAGACCUCUUCCUGGACCAGACAGAACUGGCUGCCAUCAACCUGGACAAAUACGAGGUCUGCAUCCGCCCCUUCUUCAACUCCUGUGAUACCUACAAAGAUGGCCGCGUCUCUACUGCUGAGUGGUGCUUCUGUUUCUGGAGGGAGAAGCCCCCCUGCCUGGCAGAGCUGGAGCGCACACAGAUCCAGGAGGCAGCCAAGAAGAAGCCAGGUGUCUUCAUCCCGAGCUGUGAUGAAGAUGGCUACUACCGGAAGAUGCAGUGUGACCAGAGCAGAGGUGACUGCUGGUGUGUGGACCAGCUGGGCCUGGAGCUGACCGGCACACGCAUGCAUGGGACCCCUGACUGUGAUGACAUCGUGGGUUUCUCCGGGGACUUUGGAAGCGGCGUUGGCUGGGAGGAUGAGGAAGAAAAGGAGACAGAAGAGGCAGGGGAGGAGGCCGAGGAGGAGGAGGGUGAGGCGGGUGAGGCAGAUGAUGGAGGCUACAUCUGGUAGAUAGCCCUCGACGGCCUCGGCAGGCCAGGGUGCCGACGGCCAGAAAGACAGGCCAGAAGAGACCUGGACAACAGCAGGCAACUUAGCAAAUGGAUCCGGAAGUCAGUGCGGAGGACCCUGGCUCCAGUGGGGGAGGACUGGGGAGUGUGGCUUGUGUGUAUGUGUGAUAUGAGAUGUGUGUGUAUGAUGUGAGAUGUGAGUGUGUGAUGUGAGAUGUGUGUAUGUGAGAUGUGUGUGUGUGUGUGUGUGUGUGUGAUGUGAGUCACCCAAAGGUCCCUAUGUUAUUGAUUUUCAAAUGCACACUUUCACACACAAGGAUACACUAACAGACCAAAAUCAAUGAGAUGUCCCUGAUCCUGCCCCUCAGCCCAACACCUGGAAUCCCUGCCCUGCCUAAUCAGCCCUACCCCAUCCUGCCUUUCUUCCUUCCUCUUCUGAGGCCAGGGAGAGGGAGGGAGGGCAGGCAGCUGAAAGCUGAGCGUCCUCCCCAAAUUGGGCUGAUUUGAUAUGAAAGCCCCACCACGGUCUUGUGGUGAUGAGGCAGGACCUGUACACACAGCAAGGCUUACUAUCCGUCUCCUGACAUCCGAAGAGCUCGUCGCAGGUGUGUCUAAUGGCCCUUGGGCUGCACGUGGUUAAGCAUAGCUGUCUCUGUGGCCCAACACAAAGAGGUAAACUUACUUAAAACACAGGGGUUUUGUUGCUGUUUGUUUUUUGUUAGUUUGUUUGUUGAUAAUUGGAUUGAGGAGUUAAUCCUCUGUCACAAUGUCAAAAGCAUGGACAUCCCUGAUAGAUUAUCUCUCAACCUAGUCCCGAGUAACCAGAGAUAGCUCAGCAGAAGAGGCAGAAAUCAUGAGACAGAGGACAAUGGGUCCCUUGAUUUCAGGCCUCAGAUUAACCCAGUCAGCACCUGUGGCCUCAUGGGGCUCUGGGCUGCUUUCUUGGCGAAUGGGGACUGUCAUCAUAUAGCUGAGAUUUGGAGUAGCCUGCUAUGAGGGCUUGCAGUUGCACUCUCUGUUCCCUGGCGAGGGUCCCCCUUGUCCCAAGGAGCAGAGGACCAGCAAGCAGCCCGUGUCUGCUCACCUUCUCCCUGACCCUCUAGGAAAUGGUUCCCUCUUGCCCCGACCAAUAGAAGGGCGUGUCCCCGAGACCCUUGUGAGGAACCACGGGGAGCUGUGACUUCCUGUGCCCAGAAGGUCCUGGAGGAGAGGCCCCAAAGCCUUAGUCCUCUCAGCCAUGACUUUCCUCUGUCUCAAGGGUCCCCAAGAUGGCCCUAGAAGAACCAUGCCCCAGACUCUAUUUAAAGCCCUAUAGCAUAUAUGAAUAGAGAACGGUGUAUCUAUCAGAGGGGACCACACUGAGCAGCUAGGCCCUGAUGCCAUGCCUCAGCACGCCCUCAGACCUCCAGGCCGGGUGGAAGGGGCUUUUACCCAGAUGUCCUGUGGGGUUUUGUGUGUCUAUUGCUCCCCACUUCCCCCUCUCAAAGGAAAUUUCCUUGAUAUAUUUGAUGAAGAAUUCCUUACCUGGGCCUCUGAUACCCUUUGGUACGCGUACGUGUGUGUGGCGCGUAUACGUGUGUGUGUGUGUGUGUGUGUGUGUGUGUGUGUGUGUGUGUGAGAGAGAGAGAGAGAGAGAGAGAGAGAGAGAGAGAGAAAGAGAGAGAGAAUGAGAGAGAAUGAGAGAGAGAAUACCCGAGGGCCACCCUGAUGCCCAGGAAGAGUGAGGGCAGCCCCCUGUGUGGUGGAAGAGGCUGGGCAGCUAGCUACUGGGGACCUUGUGCUGAGGCUUCCAGGACAAAGCCCCAGUCUGGCUCUCCCCCAGCCUCUCAGGGGCACUGGCUGGUCACAUCCACUGAGUAUUGAUCGGUUGGACUUUAGGGAAGAGCCUCCUCCUUCCCAUUCCUUUCUGCCACCCUGGAAUGGCCACCUUAAUCGUCAUCUCCUCGGGGGGAAUACGGAAAUGUCACCAAGCUCCAUAAAGUGCUUCUCAUUCCACGACACAGUUCUGACUCUCCGGGUGACUGUCACCUGCUCCCAUCCUCUUCUUCCUCCCUCCCUUCCUCAGACCUCUGCAACCAUCCUCUGGUCCCUGGCUCAGUCACAUCAGCCCUCUGCAUUCUAGAAGCAGCCAUCCCGCCCCCCUCUCUCCUCCCCCUCCUCCCCUUCCUCCUCCCUCCAGCUGGAGUUACUUGAAACUUCCUGCUCUCGCUAGGAUGGAGUCUGAUUCUUUCUCUGCCCCAGCUGGAUUUCCAGAACAUCCCCGGGUAGCUGUGAAGGAUUUUAGGCUCUCUGGGGUGGGGAGGGGGUGGUGUAGAGGAAGACGCAUCCCCUUCUUUCACCCUGCCCCGCCCUGCCCCGCUGGGGAGCUAUGCUCUGUGUGUCCCUGGAUCUUCUGGUUUUGUAUCUGAUGUAGUAAACAUGUUUUAGUAAGAAAGCAGAAGGCGUGGAACUGUGGCAGGCCCCAGGGGUCCAGAAGUUUGUCCCUCUCUAAAACGCUCCCCACCCCAUACUGCUUUUCACCCCACUGAGACCGAGUCCCACAAAGGUAGGCAGAACAGCUGUUCCUGGUGGGGCUGAAGGUUCCCAAGUAGCUUCUAGUUAAGCAAGCUUCGUGUUUCCUCAGGAGCAAGGUCACACAGGUCAGAUUAUUGUCGGUCCUGCGGGCCUCAUCCUUGAAUAAGCUGCCUGCCCAGUUCCUCCAUCCGUGUUCCUGCCUGCUCCCGUUCCCUUGUUGCGGGCAGGAGAGGUAGGGCUGUGUUGGAAAGAGUUCAACCAAAUUACGGCAGCACCACAUCUUGCCGAGCCCUGGAGCUGCCCUACUAAGAGCCUCCUUAGCCCUGGGUGCUGGGAAGGAUGGUGUACGUUGGGGAAGUUUGAGGUUGGAGAGAGUAAAUGUGCCUUGAGAGACCACUCAGAGGUCCCAGGAGGAACGGGGGCGGGGCUUAGCCUGGGAGUUCUGGCAGGAGGCAAAGUUGGUGAGAGUCCUGGGACAUCUUACCCCCAGUGUUCCACAGGAGUCGUGACCACGUGUGAUGGGUGGGCACAGGUCUGCCUUGCUCCAGCCCCCUCCCUUGGUUUCUGUUGGUACCCAUUUGGCUUUUAUCUGCUUUCUGCUUCACCACUAAGUGCGUAGGUGGGGUCUUUUGAUAUCGGCUCCCCAAAGCCCAAGCCCACAGCCCUAGGAGAGAACCAGGGGCCCAUCUUUGACACCUGGGCCAUCACGAGCCCUCCCGCCUGCAGUUGUCCUAGGGAAAGACCUGGGGGUGCAAAAGGAGAUUCAAGACAUCCGUACCAAGUCAGGCAGAGCUACCCGCUUCUCAGCCCGUGUCCCACUUAAAACCGUCCGAUGUGUAAUCACUGAGCUUAGAGUUAAACAUUGUGGUCAAGUGCUUGGGUUCCGUCUGUAGAUUUAAGUGCUGACGUUGUAUCUCUCAGUAAUUUUAGAUGUCUUUUAAAAAAUCUGAACAAGUGUUAGACCCGUGUGUGCGUUGGUGGGCACUCAAGCAUCCCGUGGGUGACCCCAUUCUUUCCCCUUCCUCUGCGCCACGCCCCCUCCUGCCCCGCCCAUCCCCACCUGCCUCCACCCGGGACCCUCACCUUGCUGUGGUCUUUAUCUGCCUAUUACUCAGCCUAAGGAAACAAGUUCACUCUACACACGCAUAAAGGAAAGCAAAUGUUAUUUUUAAGAAAAUGGAAAAUAAAAACUUUAUAAACACCA